UCUGUAAACAACGUGUCAAUUUGUUUCAGUGGAGAUUAAAUGAAUGUUCGGGGACAAGGAACUGGAAUUGAAAUUUAUUAGAUUUUAUUUUGUAUUUUAGUAAUCGUAGGUAAUUCUGUUUAAUAUUCCACCAAGUGCUUUUAAAUAAUGAAAAGACAAAGGGUCAGAGCUGCUCGAAUGUAUACGUGGACCACCAGGGGAUGACGACAUUAUUCAGCUAAACGAAACUAAACCGGAACUAGAGCGAUGGAUGGAGGCACAGAUUCUUCCAGGAGAUACGCUUCAAGCGAUUGCAUUGAGAUUUAACUGCACGAUUGCGGAACUUAAGAAAAUAAACAAAAUCGACAAAGACAAAGAAAUCUUCGCUCGAAGGAUUAUACGAGUGCCAAUUACGCCCCAUUCGAUAUUACUAGAAACUCUGCCAAAAGUGCACAGUAGCGGUAACAGUAGUCCCAAGAGGAACUUUUCCAACGCGGCCCAAUCUGCAGCACUGGUGAUUGAAAAGCAAACGAAUCUUGACGAAAAACUGAUUGUGGCAGCGGUGAGUACAGCUUCCUACAAGAAUGACCCGACGACGGCGACGACAACGGCAAGCUCGUCGUUCCCGAAUGGUGAUGACUUCCGAGUGGACCAUUCUUCGGUGGGACAGACAGAGCAGGCACCGUUGCUCAGCGGGGAGUACGAUGAUAAUUUGCCCCAACCGAGGCCACUGAAGCUGCCUUCAAACGACUUCUCGUGCAACGGAUCCGACUGUGAUAUUUCCUGGAUUUGUCUUCUUGUGUGCAUUUUAGCGCUCUGUUUUGCUAUUCCGUUAAUUUAUGUUAUCUAUGUUGCGGAGCACAUAGAAAAAUAUCAUCACGAUAGUUUUAUCAACGAAACGACACAUCAUAAAACGUGAUUAAGUAUUAAAGCUGUGUUUUCGACUGAAAGCAAAAUAUAUAUGGCAGAGAUUCUAAAAAA